AUGGCACCAACAAGACGAGCUCGAAUCAGAGAUGUUCUUCCACAGCUAACCUUGGGGAAAUGGGCGACUGGACCCCUCAACUCCAUUACAGACGUUCCAGGUGUUCUUGUUCACACCGAGUCCAUUCACACGGAUGACAAAAAUGUCAACACUGGUGUCACUACAAUCCUGCCAAGGAAGGAUUGGCACGAGCAUGCAAGUUUUGCUGGUGUGUUCCGUUUCAAUGGCUGUGGAGAGAUGACCGGCACCCACUGGAUCAACGAGACUGGUCUUCUCACGUCCCCCAUCAUCCUGACAAAUUCUACGGCCAUUGGUGAUGGAUAUCGUGGCAUCAUGGAGUACGCCUUCCGUAACUUCACUAAUGAAGAGGGCGAGAUGGAUCUAUUCAUCUUUCCCGUGGUUGCAGAAACCUUUGACGGCUACCUCAGUGACCAGAGCAAGUUUGCCGUGACGCCUGAGCACAUAAUCCGAGGCAUUGAAAAGGCCAGUUCCGAGCGAGUACCAGAGGGAAACACUGGCGGUGGAACGGCCAUGCUAUGCCAUCGCUACAAAGGCGGCACCGGAUCCAGCAGCAGAACCAUCAACGGAUACGACAUAAAUGGCAACUCAGCCACGUAUACUGUUGGGGUGUUGGUGCAAGCCAACUAUGGCUCACCAGAAAAUCUCAACAUCGGCGGCGUACCACUUGGCCGGAUCCUCAAGGAACAAGGAAACACUACCAAGGCUGAGGCGCCAAAGGGUGGAUCAAAGGAGCCUCGCAAGGACGGCAGCAUCAUCAUUAUCGUAGCGACAGAUGCACCUCUACUUCCAAUCCAGCUCCAGCGUCUCGCAACGCGUGCCACAGUUGGUCUUGGUAAGGUUGGCGGUUACGGCAACAAUUCAUCUGGCGACAUUUUCCUCGCUUUUUCGACAGCAAACAAGAUUGCCUUUCAGGAAUUCUCGAUGCAAGGACAGGGCGGGCCACCGGUAGACCAGUAUAAGCCGUUGCCGAGAGCUGUUCAAAUGAGUGACAAUGACUCGAUUAACUGCUUGUUUGAGGCAGCGGCAGAUGCUACAGAGGAGGCGAUUUACAAUAGCAUCUGCAUGGCCGAGACAAUGACUGGUUUCAAAGGCAGGACGGUUGAGGCAAUGGAUUUGGAGAAGUUGAAGGAAAUUGUAGGUCCACGAUUGGUUUGA